AUGCCUUGUAAUUGUGAGUCCAAUUCAAUCACAAUUGAAGCCAGAAUAACUAAGAGACAUCGCCAGGUUACACUCUAUAUUGCAUCCUGGACAAUAUACAACCUGUUUCUUCAUCCCUUGCGAAAUUACCCGGGUCCUCUGCUUUUACGAGCAACACGGCUGGGCUUUGGCUACAAGCUCAUUGGCGGUACUCUGCCUUUUGAUGUCCUGGAGCUUCAUAAGAAGUACGGCGAUGUUGUACGUGUAGCCCCUAAUGAGCUCUCCUUCAACAAUGUCGACGCCUGGAAAGAUAUAAUGGGGCAUCGGAGCCACGAUGUCCCUGAAUUCAAGAAAGACCAGAUGUUUUACCGCCCAACUGCAACAAUACCAUCCUCCAUCGUCAGUUCCAAUGGGCGAGACCAUGCAGUCCUAAGACGGCAGCUGUCUCAUGGAUUUAGUGAACGUGGUCUGAGAGAGCAGCAGCCGCUUGUCAUGAAAUAUAUAGAUCUCUUCAUUAGGCGCCUCCAUGAGAACUGCACCGACCAGAAACUGGUUGACCUUCUAGCGUGGUAUAAUUUUACUACUUUUGACAUUAUUGGCGAUCUAGCGUUCGGCGAGCCCUUUGGUUGUCUAGAAAAGUCAGAUUAUCAUCCAUGGAUCCGAUCGAUAUUUACCUCAGCUCGCCUGGGAACUAUAGUGCAGACAGCAAGUCAUUAUCCUUUCCUCAAAAAAGUCUUGUUCAAUCUGCUGGCGACAAAAUCCGCAAAACAGACCAGAGGAAGAAACUUCAAUAUGGCAAAAGAAAAGUUGCAAAGGCGUAUCGAGCUAGGUGGUAAAGAGGGUAGACCUGAUCUGAUUGAGGGUUUGCUUAAGAAAAGAGAUGAGCUAAACUUAUCAUUCGCACAAAUCGCGGCAAACAGCAAUACUCUCGUCAUCGGAGGAUCCGAGACAACAGCUACACUCCUCUCUGGUGCAACAUACUACCUAUUGACUCAUAAGGAGAUACUAUCAAAGCUUACCGACGAAGUUCGGUCGGCUUUCAAGAGCGAAGAGGAGAUCAACAUCAUAUCGGUUGGUAAGCUGUCUUACAUGCUUGCAUGUCUAGAUGAGACACUUCGCAUGUAUCCCCCUGUGGCGAUGGGGCUUCCACGGGUGACUCCUCGAGAAGGUGCCGUAGUUUGUGGCCGUUAUGUGCCUGGAAAUGCUUAUAAACCUCUGUGGCAGACGACUGUCGCCAUUCACCAAUGGGCUAUUCAUCAUAACGAGGCGUACUUCAAGCACCCUUUUGGCUUUCACCCCGAAAGGUUCCUUGGCGAUCCCGAAUUCGCCUCCGAUAAUAGAGAUGCAUUUCAACCCUUUCACGUUGGAGCCCGUAACUGCUUAGGACGAAAUUUGGCAUAUGUUGAGAUGAGACUAAUCCUUGCACGCCUUGUAUGGAACUUUGACCUCGAGCUUGCUGAAGAGAGCCGUGGUUGGGUUGAAAGGCAAAAGGUUUUCAUUUUAUGGGACAAGGGUCCUCUGAAAGUUCGAUUGACUCCUGUCGUAAGGGAUUGA